CAAAACUCUUGAAAAGUUGCUCUCUCCGCAGCAGCUCUCUCAGUUUCCUCGCGACUGGAUGUGGUCUACUACUUGUAUGCGGGGGAGUUUCUCUUUCGUAUCGAGGUGCCGCGCUCUUGGUUCGUGUCGGGUUCGGGCGAAACUGUUGAAAUGAAGGAGAGAUACGAGAGGAUAAGGCAUCGUGAGAUGGCGACCUGAGUAGUCCUGCAGUAAUCGGGUGGCGCGACCUGAGAAGCGUCUUUGUCUCCCUGGUGUAUUUUUCGGCGGUCCUGUCCGUCGUGCCUUCUGACUGAAUUUUCUCUCCACCUAGGAUCCAUUCUUUCGUUUCCUCUCUCAUCGUUUCAGUCUCAGUCCUCCGGUAUCAUCCAGGGCCAUGUGACGGUCCGAGGAUGGAUUGCAUGUCAGCAGUAGGAGCAGAAGCCACACACUCUCACAGCACUGAACCGUAUCCCCCAGAGAAGAAUCUGACAGUUUCCAUCAGUCGCAGUCGCCAGAAAGGGAGAAUAUGUUGUUCUUCAUAUUACACAACCCGAUUUAGGGUUUUUCGUUGAGGUUCCACCGGCUUUGCGCAUCUGCGGGAGAGUGUGCGUUUUCCCUUCUGCCUGCUGCCGUGACCUCACCCCUUUUCUCCACCCGCUUGCGCGGGGGCAUUUCUUCCCGUCUUUCUACCCUUUGUUUCCCCGAAAGUUUCUCCGCCACCCUUCGCCGUUGUAGUUAAAUUUGUGCCUCUCAGGUUUCGCCAAAGCGCGCAUGCAUUCGGCAGUGGCUGGUGUCCGCAUUGUAUCACAUGUAGAUACGUAGAUACGUCCCGCAUGUCGGUUUCGUCCGAAUACGUCGAAUGAUCGGGUCUUGUAUCUCAGCGACGUGUUUUCGUAGCAUCGAUCUGUCCUCUGUUCACUGAAGGCGUCAAGAUGGUGUCAUUAGACGUCGAUGUCGACGCCGUCAUCAGCAAGCUCUUGGAAGUCCGAGGAAGCCGACCGGGGAAGCCGGUGCAGCUCACAGAGGCUGAGAUUCGAGGCCUCUGUCACAAAUCUCGGGAAAUCUUCAUCAGUCAGCCGAUUCUGCUGGAGCUUGAGGCCCCGAUAAAGAUAUGCGGUGAUAUUCACGGCCAGUACUACGAUCUACUACGGUUGUUUGAAUACGGUGGUUUUCCCCCAGAAGCAAAUUAUCUUUUUUUAGGCGACUACGUUGACAGAGGCAAACAGAGUCUGGAGACUAUCUGUCUACUUCUAGCUUACAAGAUCAAGUAUCCCGAAAACUUCUUCCUGUUGCGUGGCAAUCAUGAAUGCGCCUCCAUCAACCGGAUCUACGGCUUCUAUGAUGAAUGCAAGAGACGGUACAACAUUAAACUUUGGAAGACAUUCACGGAUUGCUUCAACUGCCUUCCUGUGGCAGCCAUAAUCGAUGAAAAGAUCUUCUGUAUGCAUGGUGGACUGUCGCCGGAGCUCAACAGCAUGGACCAAAUCAGAAGGAUUGUCAGGCCCACUGACGUUCCUGAUACAGGUCUUCUUUGUGAUCUGUUAUGGAGCGACCCAGAAAAGGAGAUAUCCGGGUGGGGCGAGAAUGAUCGAGGAGUCUCGUUCACAUUCGGGCAGGAUGUUGUCCACAACUUCCUCAGAAAGCAUGAUCUGGACCUCAUAUGUCGGGCUCACCAAGUGGUAGAGGAUGGCUAUGAGUUUUUCGCGAAACGUCAAUUGGUUACGUUGUUUAGUGCCCCUAACUACUGCGGAGAGUUUGACAAUGCGGGUGCAAUGAUGAGCGUCGACGAGACGCUCAUGUGUUCGUUCCAGAUCCUCAAACCAGUGGAAAAGAAGAAAGGCAUGGCCAAAUAAACGACGGAGAGUGCCCUCGGGAAUAUCUUUCGUUAUAAAUACGCUGCAAAGAUUUUUUGCUUGCAUCUCUUAUUGGCAUGCGUGUGUUCUACAUUUCUGUUUCUCGCGUACCGCUCGAUAAAAAUCAAUGCUCCUGGCAGCGCACUCUGACUGGCGCUGCUGCUGUGGAAUCAAGGGCCACUCAUCCUCACUUUGUAGCGAACCCGACGAUGAUGCAGUGCCUACAUCCGUAAAUCGGGGUCAUUUGUCCUCUUCAGAGUUUUCCGGCUUGCGGGUUUAUCUAGUGUCUUAUUGUCAGCUUUUAAGCCACUGAAUCCCGGGACGUGGAGGUGUGGAAGGGAGCCGGGGGAGGGGGGUGGGCGUUGGCUGUCGAUGUGUCUGCUGAGUUUUCGGGCUUUAUUUAUAUGGACGUCCAAGCUGUGGCUUCCUGUUCCCGGAAACGGUCGACAUUAGUGACGUCGUUUUACUAAGGGAGUGUUUUUGUCGGUUCAGGAAGUUGUCUUGAGCGCAAGGUUGAUACGAAGUCUUCAGCGCGACAGGAUUCGUUCUCAACAACAAUUGCUAGGGGACUACCUGUUAUCCAGACCGGCUCUCCGAUUAUAUCAGAUGCGUCCUUUGAUACGUCAUUGCCACACAAGAAAUUUGUGUGGGUUUUUUCCUGCAAGCGCCACGAGAAAGCCGUGUGACGAAGCGGUGGAACUAUCGCUCUGGGCGUCAGUGCCACGGGUUAAUACGUAAAUUCCGGCU